AUGCUUCGUAUUUUCAAGUUUUCUGCUAGUCUGCUGAAUCCCUUGUUUCCAGUCGCACAGCGUUUCGCUUGGGUUUGCUGUUCCGCGAAUGCUGUAACGUAUGCGGUGUCAAACGGCAGUGGAACAGUUGGCAGUGAUAUUGAUGCUGUUCGCACAACUGUAGGCGACGGUGGCGAUGGCGACGAUGACUAUCUAAUCGAGGAUGCAGAUUUUCUCGAUCAGAAUAUAGACAUUCUAUCAGAAUGUAGCGGAUUGACCGCGGAACGUGACAACCUCCGUUCCACUGUUCAGCCGUCGAACGGAGUAGGCCCAUUUCAGCCUAAGUACAAAUCAAAAGUUUUCUUGAAAUCUUACACCCUGGCUCCUUUCGUCAACGAGUCGGAGUUGCUGCGAAAUCUGGUGGAUAUGGGCGUGGACUUGUCGCAAUUAGAAGUGAAGUCAAAUGUCGCUGAUUUUCUUAUCAAACUGGACUGGCAAACACAGGCGAAGACCUAUAUCCGGUUUUUGGUUCGCCACGGCAUACCAAUCAACGAACUUGGCAGUUACAUUACUCGUAAUCCGUGGAUUUUCCAGCAGGACAUCGAAGAUUUGCAGGUGCGCAUAAAUUACCUCGAAUCGAAAAACUUUUCGAAAGAGGCGAUUGCGAGGAUCAUUCUGAAGGCGCGCUAUUGGUUGAAUUCGAGCGUGAAAACGAUCGAUAGCCGUCUUGGCUGGCUCCAGAAGGCGUAUUCGCUGACAGGUGACGAAGUGCGACUAGUGGUAACUAAGCAGCCUAAAAUUAUUGCCUUUGGUAUUGGCUAUCUGCAGGUAAUAGAAUUUUCUUUCAAAGAAGAAAUGGGAUUCAGCAGAGCUCAGAUCAAGCAGCUACUGCUGAAGGAUCCGAAACUCUUUAUUACAGACAAACGCUUUUUGGUGGCCACCUUUGACUAUGUUCAUAAUUCGUUGGGCUUCUCGCAUGAAGAAAUCCUCAAAUGGCCACGAGUACUGCGCGAACGAAAAAGCCGCAUUCAAGAACGCCACGAGUUCUUACGUAAGAUCGGUCGCGCCCAGUACGAUCCGAUGAAACCUAACUUCGUGUCCUUGAACGCGCUGAUGAACGACAGAGAUCGAGACUUUUGCUUUACGGUAGCGAAAGUUCCCGUUUCCGUUUAUAACGAAUUUCUGAAGACACUUUGA